AUGGAUCUGUAUGUCUAUCCCAGAAACAUGGAGCUUCUUCUCAUCACAGUUUCCCUACAGCAAAGGAUCAUUGGAGGCCAAGAGGUUGAGCCUUACUCUAUAAAGUAUCAGGUGUCCUUACAGUACAACAAUCAGCACUACUGUGGAGGAACUCUAAUUCACCCGCAGUGGGUGGUGUCUGCUGCACACUGCUGGAAGCCAAACUAUUUGAUCAAAGUAGUGCUAAGUGAGCAUGAUCUCUUCAAGAAAGAAGGAGUGGAGCAGGUGAUUAAUGUCGCCAGAACCCUGGUCUACUACCUGUACAACUACAGGACAUUUGAUAAUGACAUCAUGCUCCUGAAGCUUGAACAACCAGCUGAUCUGAAUGCUAACGUGGAGCCGGUUCAGCUGCCCAGUGAAAACAUGCCACCAUUCUAUGGGGGAAUGAUGUGUGCAGUAAGCGGCUGGGGGGUCACCCAGGUCUACAGCUAUUACCUGUCCUCCGUGUUACGUGCUGUGGAUGUACAGAUUAUACCAAACUGCCAGUACUACUAUUACUCCAGAAUAACAGACAACAUGGUGUGUGCCGGAUCUCCACUGGGAGGAAAAGACUCGUGCCAGGGUGACUCCGGAGGUCCUCUUGUAUGUAACGGCUACUUUGAAGGAAUUGUUUCCUGGGGCAUUGGUUGUGCCAAUCCUUAUUUCCCUGGUGUCUACACUAAAGUCCGUAACUACAUCCGCUGGAUCAACUGGAUUAUUGACACCAACAGUGACUAGACUUUUUCUGUAUUUUGUUGCUGCUUUUUACAGGAAGAAGUGACAUAUUGCAAGAUCAGUGAAUAUAUACUGCCUGUCAGACAUACUGUAUGGGGACGCACAUCUUUCCAUAUAGCAUUCAUACAUUUUUCAGUAUCACAAGUAACGAAAGGUCUUACUGACAUUACUGUUAUUUAAAAAGAUAUCUUAGUAAGUCGAUAUCUAGUAUAUAUAAUAUUUAAAAUUAUGAAUUAUUAUGAGAUUAUUAUAAAUCACAUCUAAGAUAGCUUAUUCUGUUUUUCAGAUGUUUCUUUAUAUAUUGGCAGAUCAUUUCGAUUCUGACAAGAAAUACUGUCAGGAAAAUGAUUGUCUUAAAACAUGAGAUAAGUAAAAUAUGUCUUGAAAAUAUAUUUUUAAAAUGAUAUAUUUGGUUGAUUAUAAUCUUCUAAAAUAAAAUACCAGAAAUGAUAUUUGCAAUUGCCAAAAUUUCUAAAAUACCUGACAUAUUUGGACCCAAACUGAAGGCAGUUGGAUGGUCUUGAUAACUCUUUUUCUUUUGGUUGAAUAUUUAAUCAAUUAAAAUCGUUGUCAAGAUGCUUAUUUAAUAUGCAACAUCUUAGAACUGAUUUUUAUUUUCAGUGAAUUUGUAGAACAGAAGUACAUUUUCUGUUUUUCCAUUUGAAAAUGCUUGGGGGGAAAACUUUUGCAGACAGUGGUGUAUAUAAGCUAUAAUUAUCUUGACAAUUAAUCUUAAUAUGUGUACAAUAGAAGAUUGUACUAUAAUUAAAACAAACUAGCCAGAAGAAAACCUUAAUAUAAUGGAGAAAUCACUUUACAGUAAGGCUAUAAGUUUGUGGUGAGCCUUGUGUU